GGGGGUAACUUCUGUGAAAAAAGUUCUUAUUUAGUACUGGGCGUAGGCACGGAAAUGUGAUAUGUAAAUGUUCAGACAGUUUAAAAGGACGACCACAGACUGUGAUGAUCACCCAUAGCUCCAGGCAUCUAACUGAAGGUCUCGAACGUUAAGCAGAACCUAUACUAAACCGUCAACAUGUCCGACGAAGAGGAGGAAGCUACUCCCCUGGUCUGCGACAAUGGCUCCGGACUCGUCAAAGCUGGCUUCGCCGGCGACGACGCCCCAAGGGCUGUCUUCCCAUCCAUCGUCGGCCGCCCAAGGCAUCAGGGCGUGAUGGUCGGUAUGGGUCAGAAGGACGCCUACGUGGGUGACGAGGCUCAGAGCAAGAGGGGUAUCCUCACUCUAAAGUACCCCAUCGAGCACGGCAUCGUCACCAACUGGGACGAUAUGGAGAAGAUCUGGCACCACACCUUCUACAACGAGCUGCGUAUCGCCCCCGAGGAGAACCCCUGCCUGCUGACAGAGGCUCCCCUGAACCCCAAGGCCAACAGGGAAAAGAUGACCCAGAUCAUGUUCGAGACCUUCAACUCUCCUGCCAUGUACGUCUGCAUCCAAGCUGUCCUGUGCCUGUACGCUUCCGGUCGUACGACUGGUAUCGUGCUGGACUCCGGCGAUGGUGUUUCCCACACUGUGCCCAUCUAUGAGGGCUACUGUAUGCCUCACGCCAUCCUUCGUCUGGACCUGGCCGGCCGUGAGCUGACCAACUACCUGAUGAGGGUCAUGUGCGACCGUGGCUAUGCCUUCGUCACCACCGCCGAGCGCGAGAUCGUCCGUGACAUCAAGGAGAAGCUGGGCUACGUCGCCCUGGACUUCGAGCAGGAGAUGUUGACGGCAGCUACCUCCACCUCUCUGGAGAAGAGCUACGAGCUGCCUGAUGGACAGGUCAUCACCAUCGGCAACGAGAGGUUCCGCUGCGCUGAGGCUCUCUUCCAGCCUUCCUUCCUGGGUAUGGAGUCUGCUGGUGUUCAUGAGACCGUCUACAACAGCAUCAUGAAGUGCGACAUCGACGUCCGUAAGGACCUGUACGCCAACAACGUCCUGUCCGGUGGCACCACCAUGUUCCCUGGCAUCGGUGACCGUAUGCAGAAGGAGAUGGUAGCUCUGGCUCCCACAACCAUGAAGAUCAAGAUCAUCGCUCCCCCAGAGAGGAAGUACUCCUGCUGGAUCGGUGGCUCUAUCUUGGCUUCCCUGUCCACCUUCGCAGCCAUGUGGAUCAAGAAGUCCGAGUACGACGAAGCUGGCCCAGCCAUUGUCCACCGCAAGUGCUUCUAAAUGGAUAGAACAGCCUUCGUUUCUUGUCCUUUUUGCACUGUGUUUGCAUUACGUUGUAUUCCGGGAGUCACUGUGACUAAAUAAAAACACAGCAAAGUUUAUCAAUAUAUUUUGCACUGUUGUGGUUGAAAGUCUUUUGUUACUGGGACCAGUUGAAUCUACUGUCAUAGAAGAGUGGUGAGUAAAGGUGCAGUUGUUGGAGCUAUUGGAUCAUGUCUGGUGUUGUAGAGUACGUGGAUGUCACAGAGUGGGACGGGGUCGUAGAAAUAGAUUGUAGAAAACUGAUUCAUAUUGAAAACCAUAUAUGCCGUGAUUCGAUAUUUUUUGUGUGAAUUUGAACUGCCAUUUGUAUCUGUGAUAGGUGGUACUUGUCGGACGCUUAUUUCUCUGCUUUGUGUUCCCAAAUAAAGUCUUUUCUCUCAAUUGAA